AGUUGGUCUAGCUGGCUCACUCUCUUUGUUUCAGUGCGCAGUAUCUCUCUCGGCUCUCGGCUCUUUCUCUCUCUCCAUCCUCACAGUGCUGCUCUGCUCUGGAUGACUGCAGAAGCAGCGCCAUGGCCGUGAAUCUCAGCAAGAACAGACUGGCCCUGCUCACCGCUUACCAGGACGUAAUCGACGAGUCCUCACCCACUGACUGGGCCUUGUACACAUAUGAAGAUGAUAGCAACGAUCUGACGCUGGCAUCAUCAGGAGAUGGCGGCCUGGCAGAAAUCAUGGUCACCUUCGAUAACGGCCGCAUCAUGUAUGGCUUCUGCAGCCUAAAGGAUCCGACGGCCGCCCUGCCUCGCUACAUCCUCAUCAACUGGGUUGGGGAGGACGUCCCUGAUGCCAGGAAAUGUGCCUGUGCCAGCCAUGUAGCCACCAUUGCGGAGUUUUUCCAGGUGGGUCUCGCUAAGGGAGUUGACAUCAUCAUCAAUGCCAGCAGCAUGGACGACAUCGACCCCUCCGCCAUCGGGCAAAGAUUGACCAAUGGGACGGGGCCGAGCGCUAGCCCAGUGCUCAGCCGCCUGCGAAUGAGAGACGAGGAGAAUGCGGAGCAUGUUGGCACCACCUACCAGAAAACGAACGCGGAAAUCGAGAUGAAACGGAUCAACCGGGAAGAAUUCUGGGAACAAGCCAAGCGAGAAGAAGAGCUAAGGAAGGAGGAAGAAAGAAAGAAAGCGGCAGAAGAGCGACAGCGCUUCGAAGAGGAGCGGAUGGAGCUGGAGAGAAAGGAGCAGGAGGAGAGAGAGAAGAGAUACCGCGAAAGGGAGAGGCAGAUCGAGGAACACAGGAAGAAAAUGCAAGAAGAAGAGGAGGCCAAAGAGAGGUCACGACCUCAGCCCUUGAUUACAGAGCCCAGUGGCGAGGACCUCUCUCAAGACAAAAGGGAGUCAGAGGUCGAGGAGGCAGCGGCGAUAAUCGCUCAGCGCACAAGCAACCCGCGUGAGUUCUUCAAGCAGAGAGAAAAAGCUGUAGCCACCAGCUUGGACACAUCACCCAUCAUCUCACACAGGACCGGCCGCUUGGACAGUCCGUUCUUGAAGCAGCAGCACAGUCUGUGUGUGUCCAGUACGUCCUCCUCUCGCACCCCAGGGCCAUUUGAUGACUCCCCUGAAGGCGUCUCAGCCACGUCCCCGACAACCAUCCCUAAAAUCGCCAUUCAGGAAGAAAAAGAUGACAACAGCCAGAAGGAAUGGGCUCCUGAGUCUCCUGAGCGAGUGCCGGUGCAGGAGUCUGAGCCGGUCCAGACCGACAUUCCACAGGCUAAUCCGACGGAGUUAAAAUCCACCAGUGCUGAGGACACACUGCUGGAUAUGUGGGAGAGCAGCCCGGCGCCAACAGCCACGCCCUGCCAGGCCCCACAUAUCAUGGACCUGAUGGGCGAUGCUGACUCGUCCCCCAGCCUCCCUCAGCCCCUGCUCAGCUUCGACGACGUGCCUGAUGCCCCGCUGUGCCCCUCAGCCGAGGACGCGCCCUCAAGCCUGGUGGACGUGGCCGAGUCUCACAUGACCCUGAACUACCAGCAGGCCUCUGACAGCCAGGAGCUGGACGAGAGCCAAGAGCUGCUGACCAACGGAGACUCACUGCUCAAAGAAGGGACUCAGGCAAGUGAAGGCUAUUUCAGCCAGUCACAGGAGGAGGAUUUCGCUCAGGCUGAUGAAUGCACCGCGAAAGUGAAUCCCACGCCAGUAUUUUACAACAAACCACCAGAGAUUGACAUCACAUGCUGGGACACGGACCCUGUGGUGGACGACGACGACUAGCCAUACGACUCCCAGGAAAAGAAAAAAACAACUUUUACAAAGCUGAUUACAAGCUUAUUACGAUACAAAUCUGUAUGAUAUUUUAGCAAAAAAAAAAAAAAACAGAAACAAAAAAGUUUAGCCACUGAAAAGGAUCCGGGUUAUUGUUAAAGAUGCCAGCGGGUUUCAGCUCUCUCGGUUAGUCUGUGUGUGUAUGUAUGCAUGUGUGUGUGUGUGUGUACAAGUCAUUAUUUAUUUCCGUUCUCUUUUUUGCUAUGCAGAGUAUAGCACGGUGUGUAUUUAGCACUCACCUGUGUUGUAUCGACUCCCUGUGCCUGACAGGUGUGACCAGUAGCAGAUAGAGCGUCCUGUUUUAGUGAUGUCCCAGAACCGCAACGGAACAGACGGAAAAAGCUUCGUAGCUCCAGCCACGGUAGUACCAAACUUCCCCUUAGACGCUCAGGCUAGUCAUUAGCACCUUUCCGUCAUUCCGGUAAUUCUCGCCAGUCCUUUAAAGCCAAUUUCGGGUUUUCCAUCUUAUUUGAACAAGGACAGUUUGUCCUGGUGCGUUCACAUUAUCGGUUUGAAUUCUGCGCGAUGAAACCAGACUUUUUAGUUUCUUAGAUGCUGUUAUUAUUUUUUGUUCCUUAACAGGUGACGGUUUGUCAACACCGCUUAAUUUGCUUCAUUUCUGGUGCCAAGGGUUUUCGGUGAUUUGAUGUUUUCACGCUGUCGUGUCGUGUAUUCCGAUUUAGAUUCAGGUGCCAUAGGUGUAUUCUGACUACCUAUAAAAAGUCGUAGGCUGUUUUAUUUUUUCGCAAUAGAAUUAGAAUCGAUUCGACUGGAGCUUAGGCAAUAACUAUUUUUAUGCACGUUUAGCUGUGUGUGUGUGUGUGUGUGUGUGUGUGUGUGUGUGUGUGUGUGUGAGCUUUUUAACGAGAGACUAACAUUUCCUGUGGAUAUUGGAAUUUGUAUAUGGUUUUAUUAAACCCACAGCUCUAAUGCGUGACGUCGAAAUCCUUACCAAUGCGAUUCGACUACCAAGUAUUCCGAACAUUGUGUCCGAUCAGUCUGAUAUCCCGGAUCCUUCUCCAUCAUAUCCACGGUUCCUUCAUCAUAUCCAGCUCCACGACCUCCUGGUAGACGAUUCGGUUUAAAUUAGCGCUCGUCUGUAGCUUCGGUCUUCCGUAGUUUCGUAUUUCCAACGUGUUUUUUUCUUUAUUCUUUUAGAGCCUGCGGUUUUCAGUACCACCCUCAGCCUCGUCGUUUUAGUUUGUCGUUUAUUAUUUUUUCAAUUGUUAUUAGUAUUAUUACGAUUAUGAUUACUAUAAAAAGAGGUGAAAUAAGCAAUAAUACUAAACUGAUGUAGUGUUGUUUUGUAAAUAAAUCCGACGCGGGAUGGCCAUGACGAAACGUGUCAUCGGAAUGAAGAGAGCGGCGUCGGAGGGGAUGUGCUUUCACGAUACGUUUCUUAACGUUUCUGGAUUUUCACGUGGCUGGUUUGCGACGGGAGCCAACCCGCAUCUUUAGCUCUAACCGAGGCCCUUUUGACGUGAUUUCAGUGUACUCUUUACCCUCCGAGCUCCUCUGUAGUGAUUCUUACGCUUUCUUUCUCUCACACACUACUAGGAGAUUACUACAGUACUACCAAUACUAUUGCUACUAUUACUACUAAUAUACUACUCCAGUUUGCCCUUUGUCCCUGAAGCAAGGCUUAGCAACUCCUAAAGUCUCUCUUUCUUUCUUUCUUUCUUUCUUUCUUUCUUUCUUUCUUUCUUUCUUUCUUUCUUUCUUUCUUUCUUUCUUUCUCUUUUCAUAUUAUUUUCUAUCCUUCCCCUUUGUUUUUUUCCUUCUCUGUCUGCUUUUUCUGUCACAUGCUGUUUUUGAAACAAGCACAAGAUCUUUUGUGACAUGCUACGUGCUUCUGUAUGUUAAUAAAAGAUUUCAAAAACAA